UGUAAUGAAAUGAAUAAGCUACUCUCUGUCUGCAGCAUGCUGGGAUCACACUAUCUGCUGUCAGAUCUGAGAAUGAACUCAUCUCUUGUCAUGUUACAGAAGAGUAGCUGAAAUGAUCCUCCUGUCCAUUAAUCCAAUGUGCAAAACACAGAGGCAGAGAGCACAGACAUAAUCUCAACCUCUUCCUGCUGAUCCAAUGGGAUGCGGACUGAAUAGAGGAUGUGCCACUGCUUAUAUCCCUCAUCUAUCUACUGAAUGGGAGCAGGCAAGCGUGGUGGCAUAAUUAAGCCAUCUGACAACUCUUUUCCAGAAAGUUCAAUGUUGGGGUACCAGGGAGGAGUCCGAGGUUGGCCACUUUGUAUAUAAGAUCAUUUGGAUUGUUGGAUAGCUCCAACAGUGAGUAGUUCUCUUUCUGAUAACUGUCUUUAGAAGCCAGAAGAAGAUGGAUAUAACUAUCCAACACCCUUGGUUUCGCCGCCACUUUUACUCCUUCUUUGGACCAAACAGGAUCUCUGAACAGUGUUUUGGGGAGCACCUCCAAGAAGCUGAUUUGUUUCCAUCUUCAGUAUUGUCCCCUUUCUACCUAAAAUAUCCAUUUCUCAGACUGCCAUCCUGGAUCGAAAGUGGCUUGUCAGAGAUGAGACUAGAGAAGGAUAAGUUCUCUGUUAACCUUGAUGUGAAACAUUUCUCCCCUGAAGAGCUAAAAGUGAAAGUGACAGGAGACUACGUUGAAAUCCAUGGAAAGCACGAGGAGCGUCAGGAUGAGCAUGGCUAUGUUUCCAGAGACUUCCAGAGAAGAUAUAAAAUCCCAGUGGACGUUGAUCCCCUUUGCAUCACUUCAUCCUUGUCUCCAGAUGGAGUGCUGACAGUAUCUGGACCCAGGAAAAUGGCAGAUGUCCCUGAACGCUCUAUCCCAAUCACUCGUGAAGACAAGGCAGCUAUUGGAGCUGCCCUCAAGAAGUAGAGUCUCUCACCUGUUCCAGACAAACAAGAUACCUUUCCACCCUGCCAGAGAGAGUGCGCGCGUACUACACUGCUACAUGUAUUUAUUUGUGCUGUCCCGUGACCAAAUCAAAAUACUAAUACAAAUAAAAGCAA